AUGUCGCAAGCAAUUCAAAGUGAGAAUUACGUAAGAGAAUCGCCGUUGGAUCGAUUCAUUCGAGUUGUUCCCUCAACUGCUCACAGUUCAGAUGGGCUUGUCUCGAAGUACUUUCCUCUUGCUUCUUAUCGCUUAUCGUACCAACAAAAUUCAUGCAAUUUGCAGCAAGCGUUCAGUCGUUUGCAAGCUCAGUGUCCGUUGUGUAAGCAGUGGUAUGGUGCACCACAAGGCAAUCAACCACCAGGCUCAACCAUGACCAUACAUAAGUAUCCUGGUUCGGUGCCUGGCUUUUCGGAUGCUCACGGUUACUUUUGUAUCGAGUACAACGUACCAAGUGGUGUGCAGUCGGUUUGUUUUUUUUUNNNNUUUUUCUGGAGUUCGACGAUACGCCUAUCUGCCGAUCAAUGCAGAAGGCGAGAAGAUGAUCUCAUAAAAGUGUUCUCGCAGAUUCUUCAACUAUUCAAAUUAGCAUUCUCCAAUCGCCUUAUGUUUACGGUUGGUGAUUCGGUGAGUACGGGUCAAUGCGAUGUGGUCAUCUUUAAUGGUAUUCACAACAAAACGAAUUUAUUUGGUGGGCCACAGAAGUACGUUACUUGA